AUGCCUGAACUGGAAAACUUUGCCCCCUUGAGAAGUCCGAGAGGCUCUGAGCUGGGCCCAAAUGGUCCAGCGGACCCACUACGGAUUCAGCACAGCAUCCUGGAGGAACACGUGGAGCUGUGGUGGUUCAGAGAUCCUGGAAAGUCUCUGCUCUGCUACUGUGUGGCUGUACUUCUGAUCCUGGGCUGCGGGUUGGGCGGGGUCGGCCUUCUCUCCACAACCACCAGCGUCUCAAGCGAAUGGCGGCUGGGCGUAGGCACGACCCUCUGCCUGCUAGCCUUAGGGGUCCUGCUCAAACAACUGCUCAGCUCGGCUGUGCAGGACAUGAAUUGCGUUCGAAGCCGUCAGCGGAUCAAUAUGUUAAAAAGCGGCGGUUUAUCUGACCUGCUUGUGGUUUUGAUUACAGGGCUGUCACUGUUGAUUUGUGGAGGGGUUCUACUACGCCUGGCACUGGCUAACCACAUGCCAAAGCCUGGCCAAGCCCUUAAUGACAUGUACAUCUCCGGAGUGGUUUUGCUAGCUGGAGGGGGGGCUGCAGUUGUGGGUGUUGGAAUAUAUUCUGUUGUGGUCGUCCUGCUUGAGAGGACAAGGCCUGGACGAAGGUUGGUGGACCGGGUUUUGAAUAUCUUCACGGUUUCUGGACACAUGGACCGUCAGGCUCGCAGAGAGACGACCUCCAGUCUGGCUAAUCUCAUAUGA